GUCCGGCGGUUGGAUUGCGGCCAUUGUUUCCAUUCCGAAUGCAUCAAGGCAUGGUUCCGCCGUGGCCGUUGCAGUGUAUGCCCUCUGGGACGCUGCCCCGUGUCGAAGGACAUCGUUGCGGCGGUCCGAGCGGAGAUGGAUUUUAGCUUGUCAGCGGGUGGUGCUUGGCCGCUCUUGCCGGACAAUACUUUAGCACAGGACACGAGGUCACUUGCCAUUGGCGAGGAGCGGUGUCACGGAAGACUGCCACACGACAGAGGCGGCACAGGCUGGCGGCGAUUCCGGGCAGAGGAUUUCAAUCCCGUCGUAUUGGUACAGAUCCCGGCUGGAGGCAGCGUUUGGGACCCUGGAGGCAGGGCUGUGGGCUGGAGGCCAAGAGCGCUGCCCAUGUGGCAGGAUGCCGACAAGCUCCCCGAGCGAUUGCUGACGACAGAGGUGGACGUGGAGGACCUGCAGCAGCUGCAGGAUCAUGAGCAUUACAUCUUCGACGGCCUCAUGGAGGUCGCCCAGGAGUCGUCUUCACUGGCGCACUCGGCGGGGAGGUGCUUCUACUUCUACGCUCUCUGCUUCGGCGCCUUCCCAGCGCUCUGGCGCCGGGCUCUGGACCGCCUCAGCGGCGCUGCCCCCUUUCCGAGGCUGCAGGCCCAGCUUCGGGUUCUGCGCGGAGUCUUGGAGACGGCUUCUUGGGCAUUGAAGUGGGAGAAGCAGCUUGCCAGCUCGGAAGGCAGCGCUGCCAGCCGCACAUCACCUCCGACUAAGGCCUUGGCUGGUGGCCUCGCUUCCCAGGUCCUGGGAUCUCUGCUGCAGGUCUUGGAGCAGGCACAGUCCCAUCGGCUGGUGGGAGAGAUCGCCCCAGCCCUGGCCGCCGUGGCGAACGCAGCGCCCAGGGAGUUCCACAACCAUUUUGAGGACUCCGCGGAUCUUCUGCUGGGCUGGGCAGCUGGCCCGGGCCUCUCCGACGACCAGCGGGUCGUCAUCAACGCAGCCUUCGCGGCCUUUGGCCCACAUUGGAGAGACGAGCGCCACCGGCCAUUUGCCACGGCGAUGCAGCGCAAGGUGGUGGCAGACAUGCAAAAGCUAGUGGAGGGCGACCGUGAAGCUCUGCAUGCUUUGCUCUAUUGCUUCUAUGGCAUCUCCGUUGCCAUGGGGAACCUCGGGGAGUUUUACGAGACGGCCGCACCGAUAAUUUUGAAGUGCAUUGGCUCUUGCGGGAACCUGGCCUCUCUGUCCACGCAGGGCCCCGAGAAGGAGCAGAAGAUCUUGGGCCGGGACACCGAGGUGACGCUGGUGUCAAGGGGUCUCAGCCGCACACGGCUGUGCCUCGCGUUGCACCUGGAUGCCCUGCAGUACGCUGGGCCUUCCGCACCAGCACCGCUUGUCCUCGAGGUGCCGUAA